AUGGACUCGUCUGUCUUCCACGAUGGCGGGAGCAGCAGCGGGGAGGGGGAUCUCGUGGAGGAACUGAGAACAACCACCUCCACCUCCACCUCCACCAGCCCCAGCCCAAGCGGCAGCAAGAGGCCCAAAUCGCCCCUCGGCUUCUCCCCCUCAUCGCCCUCAGGCUCAUCGCAACAGCAGCGAGCCGCUACGCGGCCGGGGGCGGCCCAGCCCCCUACGGUGCCCUCGGCCCCCAAGCCCACGCUCAAGGGCCGCGACGCCUAUCGUAACGGACCCCGGGACUUCCUGCUGAACCACCCCCAGGGGGGCACGACCACAUCUGCCUCGGGCGACCUGGCCCCGGUCCCAAACCUCUCCACCUCGCCCGGGUCAUCGCCCCGCGUGGCCCUGAGCCCGUGCUCGCCCCGCACAGUGAGCGCCAGCCCGAGAUCGCCCCGCGUGAUCUACCGGCACAACUCACAAAAGUCGGCCGAUGACUUGAUCAAGGCCCACCCCAAGCAGACCGCCACAUCCCCCCCGCCCGCCGAGGCCGAGAAGUCGGAGAGGACGGAGGGCAAGCGCAGCAGUAGGGGGCCGGCGCUGAAGCACAGGUCGAUAUCGUCGUCGCGGCUGGUGGAGUCAUCGUCGUCGUCGCUCGAACCGCUCAGCCGCCGGCGCCUGCCGUCCAACGAAGAGCCAGCCAUCGGCAGCCCCUCUAUGGCCAUCCCUAUGCACAGCACCAAGUCCGGCGAAGACUCGAGCACGCCCGAGAGACCCAAGGCCCGCUCCAGCAAGAAGUCCGGCUUCGGGUCUCUGUCGCGGGCCAGCCUGCGCACGAGCCUGCGCAAGGGCAUCUGGGGCUCCUCCGAAGAGGCACGCUUUACACGACAUCUAUGGCUCUAA